ACUCAUCGAACAAUGAAGCUCGUUCCGGUCCUGUUCGUCAUCUGCGGUUCAAUCUAUGUUUCGCGUGCAAAGUUCACGGAGUGCGAUCUCGAUUUAGAGGAUCCGCUACUUCUUGCCAGACUUCCCACGGAGUGCCAGAACCUAGAUGACGCAUCGAAAGCGCUAAUGCUUCAGGAGUCCGAAUCUUUUCGGACGUUUCAUGACAAACUGCUCGGCUACGAAGCAGCCCAGGGAAAGGAUACCGAAGACGGGGCAUAUAUGGACAAGGAGUUACGGGAAGAGCUGUACGAAGGGGUCGACAUUUACCUGUGUCUUACCAUCGAUGAAUCACUGGCAGAGUAUGUGAAGUGUCUCAUAGAGAAGCGCCAACGCAUGAUAGAAAUAAUUGAAGCGAAAGAGCAGUUUUUGUGAGCUUCUUGAAAUAUGCAAUAUCCUUUUUAUAAGUGAUUUGAUUACAUUAUAUGUGUUUAAGUUAACUCGAACAGUAUCUUUUGCUUAGAAUCUCGCGUUAUGGUAGAUGCUAAGGUUUGUUGUGGCCGAACCAACCAAUUCAACCAUUAAAA